AGAGAAGAAAGCGAAACAAAAGCUGCUGUGCCAUUUGGGAUAAUUUGAUGAGAUUGCUUGACAAAUUCACGUGUGGUCCCCUUGCCUGCUGCCCUCGAGGCCAUAAACACUACAUUUAAACGAUCCCUUGGUUGAGGUCUUCAGCAUCCAGUAGCUGGCCAGGCCAGGCCAGAAGAACCUUGCAUUGGAUGGAAAGUUCCCUCCCACCCAGCUUCGAGUCAUUCCUGAGCAGGCCUGUGGUCCUCGUGUUCUCCUGGGGUUGCAGAUGGUGUCCUUCCUUGGUGUGUAUCACUGUGAGAAAGACACCAGGCCCAACUUGUCGAGAGCUUCAUCUGACCUAAUGGAAGGCUUCCCUCAGCCCUUCUGCACCAGCGACUUGAACCUUGAGUUAACCUGCUUCUACUUGAGCAAACUGGUCCAAGGAGCUCAUGCACAAGCACGGGCACCUCUCUGCAAGUGCAUCUGACAGCUCACAGGGAUUCUCAGUUCGAUCGAAGGAGCUCGGCUGCUUUGUUCAUAGCAUCGCAUCCUCUGCACCACUGACCUGCCUCCCAGAGCCAUCCAAUCAGAUAAGCUGUCCAAGACCAGGCUCCUGGUAAGCUGGCAAGAGACCUGAAUUUUAGAAAACACUUUUUAUCAAAUUAAAAAAAUAAUUAAGCCCCCUUCCCCUCCAGUUCCAUGGGAGCAUAUAGCUUUGGUAAAGGUGAGCAUGCCUGUAUCUGCUGGGCCUCAGAGGUUGUAGAGCUCCUGCCAGAAGCAACUUAGAAGUCCCAUUGGUUGCAUGAUCUUGGUCAGAUGAAAUGUCUUCUGGCUAGCAUGUGUUCUAUUUGUUGGCUGUUCCACCCCAUUGCAACCCACUUUCAGCCCAGAUUUUCUGUGUCAGGAGGGAUGGAUAGUUGAAAAGGCUUGUCACUCCCCAGCCAAAGCUCACAGGGUGUCUGGAGCCAAAGCUCACAGGGUUGGGGUGGGAGAAGUGGGCUUGGAUUUGCUGCAGUUGACAAGGAAAUGUUCUCGCUGCAGCACCAUCAGACCACUUGCCCUCUGGAGUGAAUUCUCGGUGGGAGGGGUGUCAACGAAACUCAGCGUUUUCACCUUAACCUUGUGGAUCUUGAAUCUGGACACCUCAAGUCCCCCCACUGCCUCAUGGGUCCUUGCAGAGCCUAGCAACUACAUUCUAUAAGGCUCUGGAUAUGUAAAUCCGACCUCUGUUUCUGUAAGAGGAAAAUCCACCAGGGCCUGUGUAUACUCUGAAGACAAAAGGCCUCUCUUCCACACUAAACAGGACUCAGUUCUUUAUAUUGUGAAGUGUGAGGAAUUCACCCUCAGCUGGGGUUCAGAGGGCUUCCUGGCUGUCAGGCGUCUCCAUCACAGGACUGAAGCACACUGCAGAUUCACACCUCCGACAAUCUCAACCAGAUGGGGAAAGGCCUUUCGGGGGGAUUUAGCUUCUAGCCUUUCUGCUGUAGCUAUACUGUGAAAUGCAUGCUCUGGGAGCUAUUUUAAGGCAUAGGGAAAUAUUCAUAGGGCAACACUAAGUUUAAACAGAGAGCCGAGUACCAAACUGCUUUUUCAGGAGGAUCUCAGCUUUUGUGGUCUAGAUGCAUCUGGAAUGUUGAUGAUGGCAAGUUUGCACUGAGUCUUUGUCAUCGCCUUUCAAACGUCUGCAAUGAGUGUAAUUAUUGUGUGUAGUCAAUAUGUAGUCGGUGUCAAUGUGUGUGUGAGCGUGCACAUGCAUGCAUAUGUGUGUGUGUGCACGUGUGUGUGUGCACAUGUGUGUGUGCACAUGUGUGUGUGUGUGUGAGGUGAGAGGGUGAGAGAGAGAGGGAGAGAGAGAGAGGAGAGAAAUAGACACAGAGACAGACACAGAGUCAAAGAUAUAGAGAGUCAGAGAGACAAACAGACACAGCGACACAGGAAGAGAGAAGAGCCGGAGCCGGAGCCAGAGCCAGAGCCGGAGCCGGAGCCGGAGCCGGAGCCGGAGCCGGAGCCAGAGCCAGAGCCAGAGCCAGAGCCAGAGCCAGAGCCAGAGCCAGAGCCAGAGCCAGAGCCAGAGUCAGAGCCAGAGCCAGAGCCAGAGCCAGAGCCAGAGCCAGAGCCAAAGGAGUCCAUAUGGAGGUGAAAACAUGUCAGAGCAGGCAGCGGGAACAGAAAACUGGCUCCUUCACACCCAAGGCUGGGCAAACAAAUUAGACAUGACUGGAGGCUACAGACUUCCAAAGACCUUGUGACGUACUUCCUCUGUUAGGUAUCCAUGUUCCAGGGCCUGCGAGGGGGCGGGGUUUCCUGGGGCAGUGCUCUCAGGCAUCGACUGACGCAGAGUGGACAAUCGUCAUGUGACACGGAAGUGACUCCGAACAGGAAGAGGUCUAGAAAAAUAACUGUCCACGACACCGAGUGGAAGUGGACUUGGAGUCACCAUGAACAGCAAAAGGUCAAUAUCCAACACAGCCUACCUACCCUGUGCAGCCUCCUGAGAAUCCAGUAUCUCCUCAGACCUCACAUCUUCCUCAGACUCCACUCUAUACCUGCAUACUCAGAGCUCUAUCUAAGCUUUGUCUUAAGCUUUGUUCAUUCAGGGACUGCCACAGACCCUACCAAGUCAGCUGCAGUUCCUGGCGCCUCAUUGUAUCUGCCUAUGGCCCAGUCCGUGGCUGUUGGGCGUUUAGGCUGUGCGAUCCCCAUGGCCCAUUAUCCAGUUGGUCCCAUCUAUCCACCUGGCUUAGCAGUGCUGGUGGAGGGAGGGUAUGAUGCAGGUGCCAGAUUUAGAGCUGGUACCACCGCCGGUGACAUUCCUCCUCCACCUCCGGAAUGCCCUCCCAAUGCUGCCCAGCUUGCAGUCAUGCAGGGAGACAGUCAUGACUCCUUGUAACUCAGCGCAAGGGAAACUUCUUCAUGGGUGGCUACACCCUUUGGUGAGGAGCCGUGGCCACGCCUGUGCUGGGGAAGACAUCACAUACCUUCAGUUCUUCUUACAAUGUAACUGCUUUAGUCAUAUGAACCUGAAGUUGCAGUUUAGACACAUGUUUUUGGGGUGUCUUUCUGGUGUCGAAACUUUGAGGCAUUUUUCAAAUUUAAUAAGGAACCAUGUAAGGGUAGCAGCCCCUCCAUAAAGCAUUCUAAGAAGGGAGGUGUCCAUUCUUCAGAUGAAUGUGGGUGAAGCAGCCCCAAAACUUAAUCUCCUUUAAGUCUCUGGUUUAUCUUACUUGUUAAUGAAACACAUUAGCUGUCUGCCUUUUCCUUCCCAUCCUCUGCCUCCACUUGUCCUGCCCCAGUCCUCCACCCCUCCCAUCGGUGUCCAUGGAAUCAGUGGUGCAGGACCGAGAGCCAGUCAGACUCAGUCCCCUGUCUCCCUGCGCCUGUCCUACCUGACAUUUUUUAACUCGUCUUUCAUAAGGAUCCUCUGAUGCACCCUGUGCCAGAAGCCUGAACCCAACUGUUCUCAGUGUAAACUGUCCUAGGAAAAUUUAAAAAAUGACAGGCAGGGAAGAAGAUGCGUAUCAAAAGCUUGGCUUUAAAACCUAAUUGAGGGAGUUUUAGAUAAAAAACUAGCUAUCACUUCCUGAGUGUCGCAUGCAGCCACUUGGGCUCCCAGGAGUUUCCUGAGGUGGAUCAGUAGGGUCACAUGAACGCCUCAUUAUGACAUAACUUGAGUUCGGCGAGAGCGCUUUAGGAUUAAUACUUCAGUGAUCCUUAAUGUAUUGAUUUGUUUUCCAAGAUUGGAUUUUAUUUUAUCUGAGAUUUCCGUUCAUCUAAAUCUUGUGUUCUGUACAUGCGAUGUUUGACUGUACCAUCGACUGUUAUGGAAGUUCAGCGUUGUAUGUCUCUCUACACUGUGGUGCUCUUAAUGUGUGGAUUUUUUUAUACUAAAAGUGUAGAAUAAAGACUAUUUUGAAGAUUUGAA